CGAGACACCAAAAACAUUUCAAAUUUCAAAACUAACGAAUACUCUAGGUCGACCGUUGGUGCAGGCGGUUCGUCCCGUGAGUUUCAACGACUCAAACCCGGCCCCCACAUCUCCAAAGAUUGUCCGAUCUCUCUCUCUCUCUCUCUCCCCCAUCGUCUCUGUGUGUGUGUGUGUGUGUGUGUUUGUUACUUUGUUUGUUUCUGUGUUGCCCUGAAUCGAUCAAAAUAAAGCUGCAGAAAUUUCGUCAGGAACAAAAUUUUGAAGAAAAGGAUAGGAAAGACGGAAAGGCCAUGAGACGCCAUGGCUGGCAACGACCUCUCCACCCUUUACAGAUAGUGGGAAUGGCAGUUUACAGUUUUCUGGUGGUGGCCUUCUAUUGCUUCCUGGGGCUUUUCCUAGGAAAUAGAAUUGCAGAAACCACAGUCACGACAAUCUUCUCCUUUUUGGCCCUUUCAGUGAUGUUUCUGUUUAUAAGGUGUACAGCAAUCGACCCAUCUGACAAAACCCAUAUCAGAAAGAAGAAUAGAAGAUCCAAAUCAAAAUUUCUGCUGAAUGUAAGUUAUGGCUUUAUAUUAAGCCAGAUUAUCUCAAGGUUUUUCAGAAGAUUGGAGCGCAAGAUCCUUAGAGCUUUUAUAAGGAGGAAAUACUUGGAUUCUUGGCAAUCCAGUGGUCAAAUGGAGCCCUUGCUCCCUUUUCCCCUUGUCAUGAACGAUGACGCCAUUGCACCAGAUCCCCGAGAGGAUGACAUCUCAUUUUGCUUGCUUUGUGAUUUUGAGGUAAAAAAGCACAGCAAGCACUGUAGAACCUGCAAUCGGUGCGUCGAAGGGUUUGAUCACCACUGCAGGCUCACAAUAGAAGGGGGAACUGCUGUUGCCAUUUUUGUUAGAUGCUUUGCAGAUAAAAAAGGGGUUGAACGCGAGCUGGAGAAGAAACUCUACGUAGAGUUUCCCAGAGGAGUACUUGCAGCAAUAUCUGUCUUUUUAGUUCUUCUUACAGCAUACAGUUUAGCAGCGCUGGGACAACUUUUCUUCUUUCAUGUGGUUCUCAUCCGAAAGGGAAUGAGAACGUAUGACUACAUAUUAGCAAUGAGAGAGGAAAAUCAGACCAUGGAACUAGAAUCAGUUGAUGAUUCAGAUUCCUCUUCAGACGAGAGCAUCGACUCUGAUUCUCCUGAAAAACCUACAUUUGUCUCUCGGUUUAUAUGCAGAAAACCACGAAUAAAUCAGAGCACUCCUAAAUUAUCCAUAAGAAUCGAUGGAGAACCUGAACCUCGGACCUUUACUAAGAAGCAAGCAUUCCGUGCAAGCAUUGACCCGUGGAAAUUAAUAAGCAUGAGCAGAGACAAAGCAAUAUUAGCAGCUGAGAAGGCCAGAGAAAGGCUUAUGAAAAAGGAACCUGUAGUGGGACAUGAUUCACUGAAGCCACUUCCCUUGGAGACCAAAAGUGGACCAUUGUUGAAUUCAAAUAGAAAUGUGGCUGGUGCGGGGUCUGGCGUGACACCUCUAAUUUCCAUGGGCAGGGUUCCAGGAUCCCCAGGACAGUUCUCGAGCCCAAGAAGAAGAUUUUCCAGUUCUCCGAUCAUGUUAUCCAGUUCAGCAGCAACACCAAAGCAAAAGUAUAGAAGUAAUUUUGAUUUGAAGUUAACGGAGGUCUCCAGGGAGCUUGAGACUUACAUUUCAAGGCAGGUACUAUGCUCACUUGUAAAGAAGGAUGGCAGUGAAGCAUCCCCAAGAUAGGCUUCGCAAAGUCUCAGCCUUUGAGAAAGAUUGGUUGCUUUAAUGUGUAUUUUUUAUUAAUAUUACAAACUGAGAUACAAUUGACACAUACAUGUCAUCUCCCUUCUCUCAACAAUUUACAGCCAGUGGAUUGUACUUGUCGUUUCUCUACUCAACAAUUUACAGCGAGAAAAGAAACAUCUAAACCACA